CUUUACCGGUGACGUUUAGAAUACGUUAAAUAUUUUUAAAAGUCUGCUGUUCUUUAAUUUACCAAUGAAAGAAAAUAUUGCAUAAAUGUACACAAUUAUCUAACUGAAGGUAGAUUUUUUAUGAAAUUUCAUCUUUCAAAAUGGCUCCACGAGAAACAGUUAAAGCUACUCCAAAGUUACAACGCACUAUAACAAAAGCUACAAAACCUAAGGCGUCGCCUGUUAGUGUUAAAAAAGUGAUGUCGAAGAAUACAAAAGACAGGAUCCCCAUUAAAGUGAUUAACACGAAUAUUGAAUCAAGAGCCCGGACAAAUACUGUACCAAAAGUAUCCACACCAAAACCGAAAGAGAAUAAAUCUGUCCCUUUUCCUGCUAGCGUUUCCAAAAGUGCUAAAAAGGCAAAUUGGAAAAAGCGACCAAAGCCAGCACAUUCGGGCGUUCCUGUACCCGAGAAAAUGAAAAAGUUAUUGGAAAAACAACUGCAAGACUCUGAUUGCAGCUUAUAAAAAUACGAUAUUUGUUUAAAAUUGAUUUAUUUGUACAGUAGGUAGUUCACUUAUUAGUUUUUGGGUAUGUAUAAAUUAUAAAAGACAUUAAUUGUCUUAAGACAAUGGAAACAAUUUUUCCUGUAUGAUUUUAAAUACUAUUUAAGUAUUAUUGUUACUGGAUAAAAUAAGCAAGAGCUACGACAUUUAAAUAUUAGUACUUCAUCUUAUCUUUUUUUUAUGUUUAGUUAAAAUU